GGCAACCCCGAACUCGUUUCUUCCUUCAUUCCCAUUGCCUUCUAUUUGAAAUAAAUUAAUACCUCAGUAAAUUAUAAAUAAUGGCUAACAUAGCAGCGAACCGUAUAAAAAGAGAAUUCAAGGAGGUCAUGAAAAGUGAAGAGGUGGCGGGCGGCGCCAUCAAGCUGGAGCUGGUGGACAACAGCUGGACGGAGCUGCAGGGCGAGAUCGCGGGCCCGCCCGACACGCCCUACGAGGGCGGCACCUUCCUGCUCGAGAUCAAGGUGCCGGAGACCUACCCCUUCAACCCGCCUAAGAUCCGGUUCAUGACAAAGAUAUGGCACCCGAACGUGUCGUCGGUGACGGGCGCCAUCUGCCUGGACAUCCUCAAGGACCAGUGGGCGGCGGCGCUCACGCUGCGCACCGUGCUGCUCUCCAUCCAGGCGCUGCUGUCGGCCGCCGAGCCCAACGACCCCCAGGAUGCGGUGGUGGCCAAGCAGUACAAGGAGAACCCGGGGCUGUUCGCCAUGACGGCGCGCCACUGGACCUGCGCCUACGCCGGCGGGCCCGCGCUCAUCCGCGACUUCGACGCCAAGGUGCAGCGGCUGCUGGACAUGGGCGUGGACGAGCACCAGGCGCGCGUGGCGCUGUCCACCUACGACUGGGAGCUGGAGCGCGCCACCGAGCAGCUGUUCAGUUAGUGCCGCCGCCGCCGCCGCCGCCGCCGCGCCGUGUCCGCCUCCUGCGUGAAGUAACAGCGCCAUCUCUGCCAAUCCGUUCUUCACACUGACGUUCACCUGCACAACUUUUUCAAUCAAACAUCGAUCUUAAACAGCUAAAAGCUAAUAUAUACCCAAAUAUAAUAUAUUAUACCUUAGAUUACAUUAAAAAGAUGUGCAUGUGUGUGUAUGUGACAUUAAAUUGAAUACGCAUUUGUUCUGUAAACAGUUUAGGGGCGCUACAUAUAAUGUAUAAAUGAGCUGGCAAAUUCGAUUAGACAGUUUAUGUUGGAUAUCAAAACUUUCCCGAAGAAGGCAUUGCUACUCGCCCCGGGGUUCCUAGAUAAAGUAACAUUCCAAAUUACUUAAAAAGCAGUACAUUUACAUCGUUUCAUCGAUACAAAAUUUAUAAGGAUUGUUACAUUACCUAUAAGCACUAGCACAAUGUCUUCGUUCUUUUAUGCAAGAUAACUAAACCAUGCUGACAAAAUAACUAAACCAACUGAAUGGUGCUAUGGAAUAAGCCCAUGUGUCCUGUGAUGACCAAACGGAAACAAUGUCCUGUAUUAAGUGGUCAAAAUGGUUACAUAAAUAUUGUCUCUAAAUGUGCUACAACGACAUAAAUUAGAAUAUUCACGUACAAAAAGAAAAAAUAAGAUUACCAUAAGGUACUUUACUGUAAGUCGUAAAGAUCGCGCGUACAACGCGCGGCGCCGGCGCCCGCGGCGGUAGCGGCCUGCUCACUUUAGUCGAUCUAUGUUCCAUUAAUACUAUUUACCUUUAAUUUACAUAAGUAUAGUACAAAACAAUGAAAUCGCAGACUCAUCAACGCUAUUGUUCAAUUUUGAUGUUGUUAUUUACACAGCCUUUGAUUCAUCAAAAUGACAUUGGGAACUUUUUGCCCCACUUUUCGAAAAGUAGCGGACACAAACGAAACCUAUCACAGAUGAUACAUACUAAUAUCCAAUGAAUUUCCGUGCAUUUUUUUUUUCUCUCUUAUAUGGGAAUAUUGAGAAAAUGAAGUUUUAAUAUUUUAUUUUAUUUUACAUUUAGGUAACAUUUUUGACGACCUCGGUGGCGGAGAGGCGCACACACCGGUUUUCAAGGUGUGCCGGGCCAAUCCUGAGGUCCCGGGUUCGAUUCCCGGCCGGGACAAUAUAGAAAAUGAUCUUUUCACAUUGUCUCUGGUUUGGGUGUGUUGUGGUUUGUCGUUCCCGAUUUCCAUAACACAAAUGCCUUAGCUACUUAUUUUGGGUUGGAGUAAUAUAUGAGAUGUUGUCUAAUAUUAAUUUAAGUAUUUAUAAUAUUUUAUUUAUUUAUAUUAUUUUAUUUAUAUUUUUUAUUUAUUUAUAUUAUUUUAUUUACUUUUAUUGGUUACUCUGCAAUGCCAAACAACAUAACAUAUUAAAAUAUCAAAUCAUUUUAGACAAAUAUAUUUUCAACUUAGACUCGUCAUAUCUCAGAAUUCCCAUAUAUCACAACAUAGCGCUUUAAGUGAAUAUACCUACAAGUAUAAAGCUUUGAAAUAAAAUACGUUUCAUCUUUGUCCGCCGUGGGGCAUUUUCUCAUAUUAAAGUUCCCAAUGUCCUUUAUUUCACACUUCACACGUACUAUGUUGACGCCUAAGUUCAUUCUAGGCGAUGCGGUCGCCGAUGCGAGUCUACUCCGAAUAACGAUCGAGGUCGUUUUCCAAUUCCAAAACAUCCGAGUUGUUGGAAAUUUUGGUGAACCCUAUUCCAGAUGUUACCGAGUCCUUCAUUGUUUUUCGAGAUUAUAAACAAUUCAAUUGACAAUAAUAAACGUACGAACGAUAGCAAAGAGAAUUAGAUUUAGAGGUUACGGCGUAACGUCGCUGCAUCUCCGUCCAUGGCUGGCGAGGGCGGCCCGGCCGCGCGGGGCGGGGGGGCUCGGCGUGGCUGCGUUCGUGAUCUAUUCUUUCGAACGUCACUUCCGUUUAAGGUUGAAUGCACCGUUUGACAGGAGCCAUCUUGCGCGCUUACGUAAGGCAAGCUGUUGCCCUAUAAGGGCAUAAGUACUAUCUAGGAAUUUCAUAUUGAUUUUUAAAGUAAAGGGACGUCGCGUUGGGUGUUUUUAAAGCUAGAUAUGAUAAAUAUUUUAUAUGUAGGUUGCCUAGCCUUGGAACAGGCACGUAAUGUAAAUAUUAUUAGAAAAUAAUUUGAAAUACAUGAUAACGUUAAAAUAUCUUUGAAUAUGAUUAUUAUUAAAUGUAAAAAAUAUAUUAAUUAAUUGUAUAACCUUGUCGCUUGCCUGUCAAACGAUGCAGAAUAGCCCUAAUUUAAGAAAACAUUGAUAAAAUCACUAUUUUCAUUUUGUAGAAUGUAAUAUUUUUAGUAUAUUUUUGUUGUAUAGAUAGAGAGAAUGAAAGUAAAGAGGGUGCGCAGUACUGUUGUUUCAAGUUGGCCGCGGGCGCGGGACGGCUCAUGCGCUGGACCCGUCAGGUUAUCUUUGAACAACUGACAGUGUCCCAAGUCUCGAUCGCAAGUACGACACUCAGUAACUGUUGUGCUGUCGGAAGAAGCGUAAACUUUAAAAAAUAGUACUGUGUUUUUUUUCGAAAUGUUGUAGUUUCGAAGUAAUAUCGGUAUAUCAUUAUGAAAUAAUUUUUGUACGGAACGUUGAACUCUUAUGCGCGUUGAUAACUGUUUACAAUUGGCAGCAGACCCCGGGCACAGGCCCGAGAUCCGGCACUGGCGGCACUUCAACGUAGCGAAACGUUUCAUCAGCACAUCAGACUAAUUUUAUUGCUAAUUUUAAUUUAUCACAACUGCUUUAAGAUGCCGCCGUGUUCAGCUUGGCGUGCUGCCGUCUUACAUAAGUAGUCUGUAAACGCUUGACUAUCGAUGGAGGAGCAGGUCAAUAUAAAAAAGUGCAUAAAAGUCUUGCCUUAAACAGCUAAUAGAGACUGUGCUAUCCCGACAAAGUCGUUCCAUUUAGGCGUAUUUAUAUUACAGCUAUUUUGAAUAAUGUAGGUAACGUAGGUCUGGCGGCCAUGGGAUCUGAACAGACAUAAUAACUCCCGCAGAUCAUAUUACUAUUUUAAUACAACUAAGUCUACGAUGUAGGUAUAAAACACGUUUUGUAUAUCACUGGGAAUAAAUCCCGUGAUUGUGUCACGCACGCCGCGGCGCGGGGCUGGAGACGUCGCGGCCCGCGGUCGUCGUCCCCGGCGGGUAGGUGAGGGCGUUCAAUGUUCAUUCAUUAUUUGGUGGAGGUAGUCGUGAGAAAAUGCGAAAUAAGAAUAAAUCUUUCAUCGUAUCCCAUAUUAUUUAAUUGUUGAAUUCAUAGACAAUGUAAUUUUUCUAGUUUUAUCUAUGUUCAAUGGUAGGUAACAGAAAAAAAAAGCCUUGCUUAAAAUUAAACUUGAUUUUUGCCUAAACUUGACUUAACGGAACAAAAUUAGACAACAGACGCCGGCGCACUAGACACGAGUCGUGUCGAGUCAUCGGCAUCGGGAAACCCUUAACCCGUGUGCAAUACGAUAUCCGUCCUGCUUUCGUGCGUCGCAGUCUCACACCACAAGGGUUGUUUUGUUCGUGCAUACGAAUCGAUGCUAGUCGAAGAAGCUUGUGCGCACCGUGGCCGCGUGGCCGCGUGGCGGGGACGCCGACGUCGCGCGUCUGCUGCCGCUCCAGGCUUGGGUAGUCGACACCUUAUCACCCUAGACUCAGAGACACAACUCAGUCAACAGAGACAAUUUAGUCCUGAAAAUCCAAUACCUUUCUCUAUGGUGCAAAAUUAUAUUUAAUAUAAAUUGAUUUAAAGCCUAUUGACAGUUCAUAAAAAGUGGGUAAAUUGACUAAGAGGUGCCAACUAAAUAUAACCCAAUUUUGAAAGCGGCACAGCGGAAAGAUGUAUUGUUGAUCAUCCACCUCCAAGAAGCUCUUCACGUGCUUCCAUAACGGUAGAGUCGUCAAGUAAGGUCGUAGAAGGUUGUAUUUAGUUCCUGCAGGGGACAAGCGUCUGCGGGACACGAGUGUCACUCAACCGUUUGUGAUUUUUUGAUCAACCCAAAUGAUCGAAGAGUUUUCAUAACUAAGUUUUUAUAACGCAACUGUGCUAAGUUAUCGUGAAUAGCACUAGUUUAGACCAUCUUUACCGGCCGGUCCCCUCGCCGUGUCCCGCAGGCGCGCCGCGGGCGCCGGCCGUCGGACCUCUGGUGGAGAUGUAGUUGCUGGUGCGGUCUCUGGAGCCAGCUCCGUGGAAGUGGCGCGGGCGUCAGGGUCGGGGCGUGGGACUGUUCUAUAUAAGUUAGGCAAGUAAUAUAGUACAGAUGGUGUCGUUCACAUUGCACUCAUGUUGUAAAAAUGUUCUAAUAAAUAAAUAUGAAAAUGCAAUUUGGCCAUAAUGAUGUAAAACGAUACAAACUCGGGAGAUGUUAAUGGCGAUACUGUUCUAGAUAUAUAUUAAUUAUUAUUAUAUUAUUAAUGUACUUAGUGUGAUUUCUAUUUUUAUUAAAUACCUCUUGACAUUGAAAUAUAGAAGUUUGUAAGUA